AUGAAUGGAGUCAUGAGAUUUGGAAAGAAGGGGAAAUUGAGUUCAAAGUACAUUGGACCAUAUGAGAAUUUGCAAAGGAUAGGUAAAGUUGCUUAUAGAUUGGCAUUGCGUAUGGACCUUAAUAAGGUACAUGAUGUGUUUCAUGUUUCUCAGUUGAGAAGGUACAUCCCAGACAAGUCGCAUGUUUUACAACCUAAAACCAUAGAGCUAGACCAAAGCCUAACCUAUGAGGAAAGACCUGUAAACAUUAUUGAUAAUAAAGUGUGUAGUACACGCAAGAAGGAUAUAAAGAUAGUAAAGGUUUUGUGGUCGAAUCAAGAACCUGAGGAAGCGACAUAG